AGAAACGUCGCAAAAAGACGUAAAUACCUGUGUACGCAGUCAGUCUCACGAGUCACGACCAGAGCCGGCGCCAAUUUUAAUCCCAAAGAUAAGGCUCUCUCUUCCUGACCCAAAAUUCUCUGUGGCUCUUAAUCCCUCUCUCCUUCUCUCUCCCCAGCUCGGCGAGGGGGAGUGCAGCUGAAACUGAGAGAUUCUGAUAAACUCCAUCAACAAUGACCACUACUCUGCAAGCGUUUCUUCUCUCUAAACCCUCGUUGUUCAUCCCUUCUUCGAAGCGUUUACAUCUUACUCGCUAUGUUGCUUCUUCUUCUUCUUGUCUCUCUUUCAAUCCGCUUUCUCUCUCUACGUUCACUUCCUCAACUUUCCGGUUAUCCCCAUUUCGUCCCCGGACUCUGACGGUUCCUUGUACAUUACGCCCCGAAAGUGCGGGUUUCGAUUCCGAAAGAUUGAAUUUUUCGAAUACGGAUUGGGUUUCCGAUUCUAAAGAUUCGAAUUUCAAGGAUUUUGAUGGCCAGAGCUCGAGUUUCAAUGGGAAUAGCUCGGUUUCCGAAUUUGGAAAUUCAAAAACUGAUGAAUUUGGGGGUGGGAAUCCGGAAAUUGAGUUGAAGAGUGAAUUUGGAGAGGUGGGUUUGGAGAAUGGUGGAGUGGAUAGUGAGGGUAAUAGUGAGAAAGUGGAGCAAAGUGAGGGAAAGGAGCAGAAUUUGACUGACAGAGAGGGAAAGGGUGGGAAUUUGAGUGGUGCUGAGAUCAAGAGUCGGAUACCGUUUAUGGUGUUCUUGAUGGGGAUAUGGGUGAGAGUGAGAAAAGGGUUCGAGAAGUUUCUGGAGAGGGAUUGGUUGAGUUGGUGGCCCUUUUGGCGGCAGGAAAAGCGGUUGGACAGGUUGAUUGCGGAGGCAGAUGCAAACCCGAAGGACGUGGUGAAGCAAAAUGUUCUACUGGCUGAGCUCAAUAAGCAUAGUCCAGAAUCUGUCAUCAAGCGUUUUGAGCAAAGGGAUCAUGCAGUAGAUAGUAGAGGAGUUGCAGAAUAUCUUCGAGCUCUUGUGGUCACGAAUGCUAUAUCAGAAUAUCUUCCAGACGAGGAGACUGGGAAGCCUUCUAGUCUUCCUACAUUGUUGCAAGAGCUCAAGCAGCGAGCAUCGGGUAACACAGAUGAGGCUUUUGUGAACCCUGGCAUAUCUGAGAAGCAGCCAUUGCAUGUUGUAAUGGUUGAGCCUAAAGUUUCAAACAAAUCACGUUUUGCCCAAGAGCUUAUCUCAACCAUCUUGUUCACUGUAGCUGUUGGAUUAGUAUGGUUAAUGGGUGCUGCUGCACUUCAAAAGUACAUAGGGAGCUUGGGUGGGAUAGGAACAUCAGGUGUUGGCUCAAGUUCUUCCUAUGCCCCAAAAGAGUUAAAUAGAGAUGUUAUGCCUGAGAAGAAUGUUAAAACAUUUAAGGAUGUCAAAGGUUGUGAUGAUGCGAAGCAGGAGCUUGAGGAAGUGGUGGAAUAUCUUAAAAACCCCUCUAAAUUUACUCGACUUGGUGGAAAGUUACCAAAGGGAAUUCUUUUGACAGGAGCACCUGGAACUGGAAAAACUUUGCUUGCCAAGGCUAUUGCUGGUGAAGCUGGGGUACCGUUUUUCUAUAGAGCAGGAUCUGAAUUUGAGGAAAUGUUUGUUGGUGUUGGUGCUCGGCGUGUGAGAUCCUUAUUCCAAGCUGCAAAGAAAAAGGCUCCUUGUAUAAUUUUCAUCGAUGAAAUAGAUGCUGUUGGGUCCACAAGAAAACAAUGGGAAGGCCAUACAAAGAAAACAUUGCAUCAACUGCUCGUCGAAAUGGAUGGCUUUGAACAGAAUGAGGGCAUAAUAUUAAUGGCUGCAACAAAUUUGCCUGAUAUUCUUGAUCCAGCUUUAACAAGGCCUGGUAGAUUUGAUAGGCAUAUUGUUGUUCCAAAUCCAGAUGUACGAGGUCGUCAAGAAAUAUUGGAGCUCUAUCUACAGGAUAAACCAUUGGCUGACAAUGUAGAUGUAAAAGCAAUCGCUCGAGGUACACCAGGAUUCAAUGGGGCUGAUCUUGCAAACUUGGUUAAUAUUGCUGCCAUUAAAGCUGCUGUUGAAGGUGCAGAAAAGUUAACCGCUUCUCAGCUGGAAUUUGCAAAAGACAGGAUCAUGAUGGGUACAGAGCGGAAAACAAUGUUCAUAUCUGAAGAGUCAAAGAAGCUCACUGCAUUCCAUGAGAGUGGUCAUGCGAUUGUUGCCUUCAAUACAGAGGCUGCACAUCCAAUACACAAGGCAACAAUUAUGCCACGUGGAUCUGCUUUGGGAAUGGUCACUCAGCUUCCUUCCAGCGAUGAGACAUCAGUUAGCAAGAAGCAGUUAUUAGCUCGUCUUGAUGUUUGUAUGGGAGGAAGAGUUGCAGAAGAGCUCAUCUUUGGUCAGGACUAUGUCACAACGGGAGCGAGUAGCGAUCUUUACACAGCUACAGAGCUAGCCCACUAUAUGGUAUCCAAUUGUGGGAUGAGUGAUACAAUUGGACCAGUUCACAUCAAAGAGCGACCAAGUUCGGAAAUGCAAUCACGUAUUGAUGCUGAAGUGGUGAGACUUCUAAGAGACGCAUAUGACCGUGUGAAAGCAUUGCUAAAGAAGCAUGAGAAGGCAUUACAUGCGCUGGCAAAUGCACUUUUAGAGUAUGAGACACUUAGUGCCGAAGAAAUAAAGCGCAUUCUUCUUCCUUACCGUGAAGGACGGCUACCUGAGCAACAAGAAGAACAACAAGAAGAAGGGGACCUUGUAUUGGUUUAGAAUUUAGCUCCUUUUCUUGUUGGAAAUCUGCUCAACUGUAGGGGGAGGCUCUGUACAGUUAAUUAAAGCAACACAGAUGAUUAUUUAUACUACUGGCAAUCCCCCUUUCCUCCUUCCAUUACAAGAUGUGCUAAUGGAAGUCUAUUCAUACAUGCCCCAGAGCAUCUCCAAAGAAGAGUUCUGGCGUCAUCUCUAACAGAACCGAGAUGAUGGAUAUCAUGCACAACUAGUUGGAGAAAUCCUGUAUUGUUUGAACUUUAAACCCCUUUGUGGGUGGAAUUUUGGAGGAAAGUACAUAUGUGAGAAUAUAACAACUUUUUAGUUGU